AUGAGCUUCUCGGGAAGCACGGCAUGCGUGUUCGCCGGCAGCCAGGCGUCGGCCAGUGCAUCACGGACGCACCUUCGCCGCCUCCUCUUCGGCAGCCUAGCUUUCCCUCCGCUGUGCAGCGGGUGCGUCUUUUUCGUUCGCUGGCGAGCCGACGGCGGUGCCGAUGACCUCUUGCGUUUAGUGACCGCCCUCGGGUAUGGUGCUGCAACGCUCCGCAUCCAAGCCACAAAUCGCAUCUGGGGCGUCAAGGAGGUUGAUAGCGUCCGAUUGUGGCGUGUGAUGCGACGGGUGAUUCUCGCACGAUGCAUUGCUUUUGCGUGGGGGACCGUCGCCCUCUACCUCUUGCAGACUAUUGCGCCGGAAGCGUGCAGAUCACUUGACACGUAUGUUCCAAGAGAUUUGUCGCUUCCCGCCGCGCUCAGUGCUCUCCUCGGCACUGCCACUGCCUAUGCCGCUGCGACUGAGGGCACCCGGCGGCGCGUGUUGCGGCUGUGGCAGGUGCCGCUCUCCUCCCUCCUCCCACAGGACCUCGGCGAGCUUGCGCCGCUCCUCGAGCUCGACCGGAGGCGCCGGCAGUUUUCGAAAGCCUUCGUGGGCGGCGGGUCCGCUGUGGCCGGCGCAGACGCCACGACUCCCGCAGGGUUGCGGCGUACCACGGCAACGCGCGCACCGUUGCGCCGGCGCGGCGAGGGUUCGCUUCGCGAUCCCCUCAACACAUCUGUUUAG